AGUAAACUUUAAUAAAUAUCAUUGAAAAAAUUAAAAAAUAAAAGCUACGAUUUCUCAUUAAAUAUUUAUCAUGGAAGUUGACUCAAUACAUGAAAUAUAUCAAAAACAACCAUUUCAAGAUAGUAUGAACACAAAUAUUAAAGAUCUUGAAGAUAUUACUCAAGAAAAUGAAUUACGCAAUAAUAUCACCAUAGAGAAAAAUAAUUCUCCUAAUUGGAUAGUUGCCUCAUUUAAUGAUGUUUUUAUGUGGAUACAAAAACAUUUAAACAGAUUUUUCAAAUGUGAUCAAAAUUUGUCAACUAAGCAGCCUAAAAAUCAAAUAAAUGAUGACAUGAAAUUAUGUUUAACCCUUACUAAAAAGGAGCUAGAAAAAAAAAACGCUGUAAUAAAAGAAAUGGAAAUAGAUACUAAAUUUAAAGAAAAUCAAAUUAAAACUUUGAGAGAUGACCAAAAAAUUUUAGAAAAUAGAAUAGAUAAAUUAGUUAAAAAUGAAAUAUUUAAUCAAAAUUACAUUGAAACACUUACCAAUACAAUACAGGAAAACCAAUCUAGCCAACAAAAGAAGCAACUAGAAAUCACUAAAUUAAAUGAUUUGAACAACUAUCUUAAAAAUGUUCUUUCAACAAAUGCAUCCGAAUUGGAUGAAAAAGAAAGCAUUUAUCAAAAUAUAAUAAAAAGCUUAGAUUCAAAAAAUGUAAAACUUGAUGAAGAAAAUAUUAAAUUACAGCUUGAAACUGCAAGUAAAAUGUCUGAAAUAAAGUUAUUAAAAGAUAAAAUACAUGACUUUCAGUCUAAAGAACAGAAAUUGAAUCAACAACUAAGAGAUGUUAUGAAUAAAUAUAAAAUUUUAGAACAAAAGUUAAGUGCAACUAUUGACAUUAAUGUAAAAUUAGAAGAAGACAGCAGAAAAAAAAAAGAUGAAUUAAUAUCUUGUGAAAAUAAGAAUAGUGUUUUAAUGAAACAAUUAAAAAGUGCAGAAGACGUUCUAUUAGAUCAAAAGACUCAGGCUGAAAAAGAUAAUCAAGUUUUUAAAUUGAAGGUUUUAGAACUUCAAAAACAACUUAAACAAUGUAACCAAAAAUACCAUAAAAUUUCAAAAGACUAUGAAAUUUUAAAAUUAAGUGGAAUCCAGGAUACUGAUAUUAAACUACAAAUACAAUUAGAAAAAACAGAAAAAGAAGUAUUCGAGUGGCAAAAAAAAUAUAAUGAUUCCUUGUUUGAAAAUCGUAACAUUAAAAAUAAGCUAGAAAGUUUGGAAGUUGAAUUUAAACGCUCACAAGAUGAAAUGUUUUUAUUGUAUAAGAAGCUUUUCCGCAGUGAACUUGAGAAAUAUAAAUUAAAAAGUGACAUUAUGAACUUUACACUUACAGAAGAAUGAAAACAAAAAAGCAUUACAAAAUGAAGUGAUAGAUUUUCAAAACUAUGCUAAAUUUUUAAAUAAUAAAUUCAGCAAAAAAGAAAAAACAAUGAUUUUCUGUAAACUUAAUUCUUAAUUUACCAAAAAAAAUACUAUGGAUCAUCUAUUAAGACUUGAUAAGUACCAUUUACUUAAAUUUAUUUUAUUAACUAUUUGUAUUUAUUUUUUACUUUAAUUUAAAAUGAAUAUUAUUUUGUGGAAGUUUAUAAUUUAUAAAUAUAUAAUAAAAAUUGAUCACUUGUGGCUAAUUAAUUAAAUAAAAUUAAAACUAUAUUUAAAAUAUUAUUAAUUUAAAAACUAAUAAAUAUGAGACUUAAAAGCCACAAAAAGUUACUAAAAAGUAACGUAUUUCAGAAACAAUGUUAUUAUCAACACUAAACAUAUACCGUAUGUGUUGUUUGUAAUAUUUUUAAUAUAGUUUUAAUGUUAUUUAAUAUAAUUUAUAAAAUUAAAUACAAAAAUAUAAAACACAAAUUUUUAGUUUUAAACCUCUAAUGCUUUAAGAAGAGGUAUUAUUGGUUUCCCAUCUUUUUUGCAUUUUUGUAUAGUUUUGAAUGCAUAAUCCACAAAUUCUUCAUUUUCUGUAUUACAUAAUUUUUUAUAUGUAGAUGAACCUUCAAUGUCAGCUUCUUUAUUUUUUAAAUGUAAUGCUACUUUAUCAGCCUAAAAUUGGUAAUGGCAUUUAAUUAAAAUAUAACUUUUGUACAAUUUCGUCAAUCAACUCACACACUCUUCAUCCAAUUCUCUUUUUAACUUUAUUAUUCUAUCAGCUAGUAUAUUCCUACAAUAUUUUUUUAUAUUCAUAUAAUAUUUGUAUCUAUACAUUUCUUCUUGGUAGUCCGUUAUUAACCUUAUUUCAUUUUCAUUAAUUUUCUUAAAAUUGUUCAUAUUUUCUUUUCUUUUAUUAAACUUCUCUUUUUUAUAGCGUUGUUCUUCAUGGAACCUAGAAAUACAGUAAAUUUAGGAUUAUAAUACACACAUUUUAAAAGAUCCAUUAGUUAAGAUAUUAUUUGAACUAUUGAUUUUUGUUUAUUAUUACAUAAAUCAAUAUGGUUUAAAUGAAUCUAGAAAAAAAUUGUGUUAUUGCUAUUGACAAUAAUACUUCACAUCAGUGGCGACUGUAGAAAAUAUUCAAUAAAUCUGAUUAAUUCCUUAGUUACAUUUUUAAAAUCUAGACACGCUUCGAUUUUAAAAUUACCCCCUGUCGGUUACAAGGAUUAGUAGGGACAAUCGUGUUACUCUUAUAUACUAAUUACUUAUAUAUAAUCUUAUAUUCUAAAAAUUGCUUAAAAUUACUAAUAUUAAAAACCAUUAAUUAUUCAUUAAAAUGGAUUCAUUGGACGGGUCAUCUUAAUCAAUAAUUCUAUCGAACAAUUCUUCGCUGUCAUAGGACCUCUCUAUUUUAAAUUACGAUGUACAUUUCGAUCAUUCCCCUUGAAAAAUAUAAUUACUUAAAUAUCAAUAUAUUUUGAAUACAAAUUUGAUUAUUGCAUACUUACUCGUGUAUAACUAUUUAUUUCAAUAUUUCCAAACCUUAUUUCCCUUAUAUAUUUUUGUGUCAGAUAAUAAAGUAGUCGAGUAACUAGGUCAAUUAUUAACCUCUAUAGUGUAUAGUUGCAUUCACCUGGUUACAAUUUUGCCAUCUUGCCAUUUUUCACACCCAUUCAUAGCCAGACACCACCAACGCCACAGUCACGGUCAAUGUCACUUUCAAACCACGACCAUUACUACGACUUUUGUCAUUUUAUUUUGAGCCACAGUCCCUAUCUUAUAGAACAUUCAAAUCACAAGCCUUAACAUCUUUGUGUAAUUAAGUAUGUAGUGACUUGAUCACAGAGUCAUCAAAUUACCACAAAUCGUACAUAUUUAUGUUCUAUCCUCCCUCUGUUGACGACCAUUGGAUGAGUAAUUUCUAGCUAGAAAAUUAAUUCCUUAUUACUAUUACUAUUGAAAUAUAUAGUAUUGUUAUAUUAUUAUUAUGGUGCCCCAGACACAUUUCAAAAUUGUCUGUUUAUUUAUUAUAUUCGGCUAGUCCGAUUUAUUUUAUUGUGGCAUAUUUGAAUUAUUAUUUUCUGUAGAUCCGAUAUGUUUUAUUAUUAUUCUCGACAAGUCCGUUAAAUAAUUUACUUUGUGGCAUAUAUAUAUAUAUUAUUAUUUUCGACCAGUUUACUACAUUACAUUAUAGCAUUUUUGAAUUAUUUUAUUUGAAAACUAUGACUUUCUUUUAAUGUUAAUUUUAAUUAAAUAUUUUAUUUGAUACUUAUGGCUUAUUAAACUUUGAGGUAAUGCACGAUACACGAGGUUAAAAAAAUUUUACUUUCUACAUAAUUUAUUUGAAAAAUAACUAGUAUCGGAUUUUAUAAAAUUGAGUUUGAAACAAUAUUUGUGGUAAAUAAAAGCCAUGAUUAUUAUUAAUUAUAUUAAAAAAGUAUUUAGAUGUGGUACUUACCAAAUGAAAUUUUCAACAUAACACAGCACGCAUAUUCAGUCCCAAUGUGUCAAACACAAAAUGAAUAGCACUUUACUCUCAACAGUCGCCACAGCCUUAGCUAUACCUACUUAUUAGGAGAACGUGACAAAUUUAAAUAAGGGACACUAUUCAUAUAUUUUUAAUAGUAAAUUCCUUUGUAUGAUAUUUUGUGACUUUAUUAAAUACUCAUUACUCAUAAAAUUGCAAAUUUUACUAAUAGAUCCAGCCAGUUAAUACUGUUAGACAUUUUUUUUAAACAUUACAUUUGACACGCACAUUUCAUCACCAAUUUAUUCAUUAAUGGUAAAGUUGAUUUGUUGCAGCACUAUAUCAAGGUCACUUUUAAAGUAACGGCUGUUUAAAUUAAACAGCCGUAACACUUAGACUAAGAUAAAUCUUAAAUAAUUUAAAAUGUCCCGCAAUAGGCGCAAGUCAGCCAACUUCAACAUGUCCUAAAUGUAUGUUUUUCAUUAUAAAUUACUGGACACUGACUUUUACGAGAUGGUCACUGUGUGUUUUUUUUUUUGCGUGUAUUCAAUUUAUAUACAUUAAUUCUUCUAGCAUGCAUGUUUAACUUAAAUUAAGGCACCUAUUGUAAAUGUAUGCAAGUUUUUGACAACGUUUUGGCUACAUACAUUAGGAUAACUUAACUAUUUUUAAUUGUCAAAUAUUAUAUUAUCUCUUUUAAAAAUCUAACAUUUUUUUUGUGCAUGCAUUGCUCACGAUUAUAUUCGGACUCCUCGCAAUCCUUUUAUAUGUCACAUAAUAAACAUUAGCAUUCUGAACAGACCUUGAUAACAUGGAUGGUAUUACUUUGGGGCCCCGAGACUAUUCAAGAAGUCGACGACAGGGCCGGGCUUCUCAUAGGAACCGCUUGGUAGCCGACGAUUGAGAGCCCACGUGAUGGAAGCUCCUCCAAAGCUCAAAAGCUUACGAACUUAGGAGUAUGGACAUCGAAUAUCUAGAGGUUCUUACUAAGAUGCUUAUCCAUAAUAACUUUAUUUUAGAUUUAACUUUUUUAACUUUUUUUAAUUAUUCCAAAAUUGUUUUAUUUUGUUAAGGCCUGAGAAUGUAGGGGGAGCAGAUGAUACGAUCACAUUAUGUAAUCAUAUCUCAUAUCAUUAAUGUAACGCCAACUAGGCUUAUAUCGUUGACACAGUGACACAUAUUACUAAAGGAGGGCUGAUCGCACACAUAAACACUUUUUUAAUUCACGGCCAUAAUAAUAUAAUAUAAUAAACGACAGUUGACUUUUUACCAUCAUCGCGACCAUUACUCUAGUCCUAUAUUUAACUUAACUUAUCUACCACGUUAAUAGUGUAUGUGUGGGUGUCGCCUUCAGCUCCCUGUUGUAUUAUAUCAUCUCUAGGUGUCCAGCAGGUUGUAAUAUUUAUUUAAUAUAUCUUUAAUUAAUAAAUAUUUAUAUCGUUGUUAA